GUAGCUGAGAGCAACAGUGAGCUGCCGACAUGGCUCUCUGUGUUUGAGGAUUAUUUACAACUUCACAAAGAUCAUCAGGUUUUUUCCUCUAACAUCACUUUAACUUAUACAGUGUAUGACCAUGUCAGCUGCAAGCUGUGUGCUGUCUGAAGAGCAGUUUUUGUGCUGCAUCUGUCUGGAUGUUUUCACUAAUCCAGUCACUAUACCAUGUGGACACAACUUCUGCAAAAACUGCAUCACACAGCACUGGAAUGUCAACAGUUCUCAGUGCCAGUGUCCCAUGUGUAAAAAACAUUUUAAAACCCGCCCUGAGCUGCCUGUCAACACUUUCAUAUCUGAGAUGGCUGCUGAGUUUAGACAGUCAGCUGGAAAGAAAAGCAGCAGGGACUCAGAGGUACAAGUCGCCAAACCGGGAGAAAUCCCCUGUGACAUCUGCACUGGAACUAAACUAAAGGCUGUGAAGACGUGCUUGACGUGUUUCGCCUCCUACUGCGGUGUUCACCUGGAUCCUCAUAUGACAGCUGACCCCCUGAAAAGACAUUCGCUGACUGAUCCGGUGGAGAACAUGGAGGCAAGGGUGUGUACAAAGCACAAAAAAACACUGGAGCUGUUCUGUAAGACUGACCAGAUGUGUGUGUGCUCGCACUGCACUGUUACAGAGCACAUGGCUCACAACAUUGCUUCUCUGAAAGAUGAAUAUGAAGCAAAGAAGGCAGAGCUGGAGCAGGCAGAGGCUGAAAUCCAGCAGAUGAUCCAGGAGAGAAAGCUUAAGAUCCAGAAAAUUGAACGCUUAAGAAUGCACAGUAAGGAAGAUGCAGAGAGAGAGAUAGCAGACGGUGUUCGUAUCUUCACCAUUCUGAUGCAGACUGCAGAAAGAGACCUGAACGAGCUUAUUGAGAAAAUUGAAGAGAGGCAGAAGACGACAGAGGAACAGGCUGACGGCUUCAUCAGAGAACUGGAACAAGAAAUCUCUGCACUGAUGAAGAAAACUGCUGACAUGCAACAGCUCUCACGUACACAAGACCAUCUUCACCUUCUCCAGAGCUUUGCGUCCAUGAACACUGCUCUGUGCACCAAGAACUGGGCAGAGGUCAACUUUCAUCAGCCAUCAUAUGAGGGAAUUGUGGUGAAAGCUGUGACUGAGCUGGAGGAGACAUUCAGCAGAGAGAAGCAGCAGCUACUUCAUCAGGCCAGGCUGAAGAGGGUCCAGCAUUACGCUGUGGAUGUAAUUCUUGAACAUCACACAGCGAAUCCCUGGCUCGUCCUGUCUGAUGAUGGGAAACAAGUCAAGUGUGGUGAGAUGAGGAUGAACCUGCCAGAUAACACAGAAAGAUUUUCUCUUUAUACCAAUGUCUUGGCACAGCAGAGUUUCUCCUCUGGAAGAUUUUACUAUGAGGUUAAGGUAUCAGGGAAGACUGACUGGACUCUGGGAGUGGUCAAAGGGUCAGUUGACAGAAAGGGAAUAAUUCCACUAAGCCCUGUGAAUGGCUACUGGGCUGUGGGUUUGAGGAAUGGAAACGAGUACCUAACUUUUGCCAGCCCUGUUGUCAGCCUCAGUCUGAACUUGAAGCCUCAGAAGGUGGGGGUGUUUGUGAGUUAUGAGGAGGGUGUGGUCUCCUUUUAUGAUGUAGACGCUGCAGUUCAUCUUUACAGCUUCACUAACUGCUGCUUCACUGAGAAGCUUUUUCCCCUCUUCAGUCCUGGUCUUCAUCAUGGUGGCAUGAACUCCACCCCUCUGAUAAUUUCACCUGUCGACCACACUGAUUAGAUUUGAUCGUUAAUUUUGGAAAAAGGGGGAUUCUUAUGAUUUAAGAAGAGGAAGUCAGUGGAUCAAAGUGGUAUUACUAUAAAGCGAUACUUUAUCAAAUUUCAUCCAGCUUUGUAUCGUAACAAUGUGGGUUAUAUGUGUAAAUGAACUAUGUUAAACUUCUCCCUGCAAAUUUGUUAGGGAAAAUUAGCCACGUCUCUCCCUCUCAAUUACUUCCUUAAACUGUACUACAUAUUUCUUACCUAAGAUGUUUUCAGAAACAUACUUUAGUGUGCUGUUUAGCUGUAAUACAAAAAUUUGCGAACAGGAAGUGGACUUCAUACCAUUUCCUGUACCUUGGAAACAGAACCUGGAAAUACUGAGAUCAAACUGUAAAAUAAGGCAGUGCUGUUUAGCUUGUUUCUUGCCUGAAAUGUUUUCAGAAACACAUUUUAGUGCACUGUUUAGCUGUAAUACAGUAAUUUGUCAACAGGAAGGUGGCGCCAUACUGUGUCCUGUAUUGUAAAGGGAGGCUGAAAAAAAAGAGUUUAAACAGUUAACUAAACUGUGCUGAUCAAAUAUAAACCAAUAUUCGGUUACUGUUUUGAUUAUUUGUUGCCUCAAAGGUUUUCAGAAACAUAUUUUUUGUGCACUAUUAAGCUGCGGUAGGAGAGUUGGUGAACAGGUAAUGGGUGCUAUACCAUUUCUAGAGCUUAGAUUCUCUGCCAGAGCCCGAGCCCGGCCCGACCCGGCCCGCGGGCCCAGGCCGGGUCGGGCCGGGAGCCCCCUCCCUCUGACGGAUAUGAUAUGACGUUUUUUUUUUUUUUUAAAGCUAUGAUUUGAUAAUGUUAUAGGCUAUGUAUUGUAGCGACCCUGCAGUAAAUGUUCUGUUAUAAUGUCAAUGUUCUGUGAGUUAA